AAAUGUUCUUUCUCAACAGUGGGCUCCCUUAUGGAUUCCAGAAGCCCUAAAGAGUGCAUGAUAAGAUUUGGUAGAAUCAAUCCAACACAAAACCAUGGGAAGUGGACUCAGAUGGAAGAUGCGAAACUAAUAGCAUCUCAUCAGAUAUUUGGACCAACAUGGUGUAGGAUUUCAAAAUAUGUCGGCACACGCAAUGCCAUCCAGUGUCGAGACAGGUUUUUAAAUUGUUUAGAUCCGGCCUUGAACUUUGAAAAGUUUACAUAUGAUGAUGAUGUUGUUCUACUUAAACUGCAUAAAAAAAUGGGACCAGCAUGGGCUAAGAUGCUGCCACAUUUCAAAGGACGAACUGAUAACAUGCUUCUCAGUCGAUAUACUACACUAAAAAGAUGGAAGAAAAAAGCUGAAUGGUUUGAAAGUCAGUCAAAUGAAACCAAGAACAUGCUUCUGGGAAGAUCGUUAAAAAAAGAAGAAAGAAAUGAAUUGAUGCAAAGGACAGAAGCCUAUUUCAAGAAGCACCUGAAUGUGGACAAAGCUGACUAUGAAAGGCAGCAGAGAGACAGAGAGAACAAUGUUGAUCCAGAUCUCAUUCCUCCGCGGCCUCCAUUGCAUUUCAAGUACACACACAGAUUGGGGCUGGAUAAAUCUGGCAGCUACUGGUCUCAGAGGUUAAACUUCUACAAACAUUUGAGCGACAACUUGAAGAAGAGUUUAGAGAAGAGCAUGUCUGCCACACUCAAAAACCCUUCUUCAUCUAAGUUACAUGCACAUAUGGCUAAAGAUAUUAUGGAUGAGGCAGUACAGGAAACAAUGCAAGAAACAGAAUCAGAGCCAAAAAUAAAACCAAAGGUCCAAAAAGUGCAAAGGGUGUUAAACAAAAUCUUCUUGAGAGAGUGUGAUCUUAGAGUUCAAGACAUGGUGAAACUGACACAAGAACUGCAGUGCAAGAAUAAAGGAAGAAUUCGCCACCUAGAUAUUGAUGAGCAGCUGAGGAGUUUGUUAGCUACCAAAAAAAGGCUAAGAAAGAGAAAAGGACGCAGCAGACAUUACUUCAAUAAAGAGCCAUCAUGUGUCCAAGAAGCUGAUGCAGAGGACCUGAAACAUACUGUGCCUUGUAUCAUGAUGAAGAGUUUGGGAACUGAUGUCAACAGAUUGUACACCCAGACUAGGUGGAAAGGUUUGGAAUGCAUGGAUUCUAUUAGAAAUCAGAAAAAAUUUGAAAAUGAUCCAGAGUACAUCUCAGAAAUAGCCAAAUUGACGGAAGCUUUUUCAGACACAAGUCCCAUGGGGGGAGAUGGCGAUAAUUUGGCUCAAUUGAAGAAAGGGUUGUCAGAAAAGAAGAUGAAAGCCAUUAAACAAAUUUUCAGUGAAAAAUACCAGGAGAUUCGAAAUGAUUUAGAGGGCGCUUUGAGCUCUAUAUCCUGCGACAUGGGCUUACUCAGCUCACUUAAAGACAAACACAAUGUGGCAGAGGCUGAGCAGUAUCCUCAGAUACUGUUUGCCAAGGCCACAACUGACGCCUGUAAAUCAUCCGAUUCUGAGACAGAGAGCUCAGUUGCUGAUUCUCAAAUCGGUGCUGAGAAAUUGCCACCGGCUGUUCGCAGAUUGGCAUGUUCCUUGCCCAUAUCGACGUCAUUGAAGAGAGAAGAUCGAAGGCUGUCCAGGUCUCAAGGGGCCACCACUCCAAGUAAAUUAGAAUUUGAAAAGCUAAAACUUAUGACUUCUGAGGAGAUUGCACAGGAAAAGAGCAACAUGCCUGAAGUCAAAAGUUUGGCCGUAGAAGACUUGCCUCCCUUGCCACCAAAUACUUCAACAGUGCGUUGUCUAAAAGUGCUUUUGUGGAAAGAAAAAGAUCUCAUCAAGACUGCUAGCCCACUAUGUAAACCUGUGAAGACUCAGGAAAACAGUUUACCAACAGAGGGUGUUAGUCAUAGCACAUCAACACAAAGGAAUGAUGACAAUAUGGACGUGGACUCCAUUGACGACUGUGAGUUAGUGGAGCAUCAACAUCCAUAUCAUAUUCAGCCUGUAGACACUGCAGACAUUAAUUUUGGGACCUCUCCAACGACAGCCUCAGCAGAACCCUCUUUCAGUUCAGCGACGCAUAAAUUAGCUUUGGAAAAUCCUCCUGAUUAUAUGCCCGUGACUACUAUCUCUGAAAUAAAGGUAGAAACAAGACUUCUAGAUAAUGGAUCAAUAGAAGUUCUAAUGCCUCCAUACAGCUCAAAAACAAAGAAUGAAACAAAACAAGAUGAUUCUAAAAAGUCUAUUCCCUCAAGAACAAUCUCGGAUAUUAAAGUGUUUAAAGUUAUAUCAGGUGCUUCUCUACAGCGGUCACAACUUGACCCUCAAGGAUUACAGUCUCAAGCUGUUCAUGAUAGAGCGGCUGAAGCAAGUAAAAAUACAACCACUUCAGAAUCAGACAAUCUGAAGUCUUCUCCCAUGAUAUUCAAAAGUUUUGAUAAAGAGAUUUUGCCUCUCACAGCUGAAGGAGAAAAUUUAAUAACUAAGAUACGUCAGCAAGAUGAAUACAAGACUCUAUUAGCCAGAUUCAAAGCUCUUUUCACAUGGCCUACUCUACUGUCCACUACACAGACCAGCGACGGUGUUGGCUCAGAAUUGUCCACCAAAAUAAAUGAUUAUGUUUUACGGAUGUUGGAGAAAAAGCUGGAACAAAAAGGGUUGAAACAAGAAACAAAUGAAUCGAGUACUACACAAAAGGAUGGAGUUGCUGAAUCAGCUGUGUCAGAUCAGCCAGACUUGAGUCUGUCAGAGAGUUCUUCGGCACAACCGAUCAAAAAGAGAGGCCGGCCACCAGGCACAGGCAAACCCAGGGGAUCCAAAUUACAAAGACUAGAUUCUAAAGAGCCUGGUACAACUGAUGGAGAUGCUAAUGCUGCCUCCCAAUCAGCUGUAGAGAAUGAGACUGUGUCUGUUGAUAAGACUGAAGAAAAACCCAAAAGACGUGUAGGCAGGCCAAAGGGCUCUAAGAAAGUUAAUAAAGAUCCCAUAGUAGAACGCCCCAAAAGAAACACCCAACCGCUGAUAACUGAUGAGACUGAGGAGGAACAAGUGGGGGCUGGACGACGGCCUCAGUGGUGGAAGGAGGCUUUGAUAGCUGCAAUGAUGGCAAAGAGGGGAAUUGAGUUGGGCAAGGAACAGGACCAGCCUGUGGACAUAGCAGAAGACAUGGACUUCCAAGACCAGGGGAACUACUCUGAUGAUGACUGGGCUGUACAGUCCAAACUGGAAAUGACCAGGAAAAGAAGAAGAUCCGGGCGUUUUUCAAAAGGCACAUUAGCAACCAAGACUAAAACAAACUAAUGGAGCAUACACAUUUUUUUUUUAUGUUACUUUGUUUAUCUUGUUGGUUUUAAUACCGGUUCAGUUUGUGUUCAGUUUCAGCUUUUAGAAUCUUCACCUUUCAAUUUAGUUUUGUUUUGAUGUAGAUGCUAUCUAUAUAAGGGAAAAUGACUCUCU